CAUUGUGUCCCAGGCUGAAUGCGGCCCUUUAUGAGGAACGCUUAAAAGGACAUUGCGGCCGGGCCGAGCCGCUGUCUCCACAGCAACAGCCCAGGAGCGCGCAAAACUCGGAGAUAAUGGACUGAGAGAGAAAAGAGGAGUGGAGUUCCUUCUCUCCGUGCCGCUUCCUUCACGGAAUUCCCUCUGUUUGUGCUCAGACAGAAAGACUGAGAGAGCUACAAACCUACUAAGACCUUAGUGGACAAACUUGUGUUUUUAUACUUUGUAUGUGUGUCUGUGUGGAGGAGAAGAAGAAGAAAGCACAGAUGCAGAGAUGUUCUCCAAGGGUACAGUCUCAGCCCGUGACUCUUUUGUCUUUAUCCCCUCAGAGGCUGCUCAAGCGAACCAUGCUGCUGCUUCCGACACCACCAGCUCUGAGAUAAUGCAAUGCCUAACGGGAGAGAGAUCUGCCAAUCAAAAUCUAGCUGCACAGUUAUGUUCAAGUGGCAGCAUUUCAGAGAUGGUGACCAUCCUUCGAGGAAAGGACGGCUAUGGGUUCACCAUCUGCUCCGACUCACCCGUACGAGUACAAGCUGUCGAUCCAGGUGGUCCUGCAGAUCUGGCUGGCCUCAGGCAGCUGGACACUGUGCUGCAGUUGAAUGGUCAGCCUGUGGAGCAGUGGAAGUGUGCAGAUCUCGCCCAUGCCAUCAGAAGCAGUGCCCGUGAGAUCACAGUGGUGGUGUGGCGUUCGGGACCGUCCGUGAAGUCCAGCUACGAGGGGCUGAUCCAACAGUCCUACAAGAGCUCCAACUACGACUCUCCUAUCUCUCCUCCCAGAACGAAGCGUGCAGAGAAAACGCCACCUGUACCCCCCCUGCCCGCACACCUCCGUCACCGAAUACUGCUCAACGGCUCGGAGGGUGCGAGGGGAGGCGGCGUCGGGGGGACCGGGGUUCCAUGGGGUGACAGGAGAGAGGAGGGCAAAACCAGCGCCAGGACACACACUCCGACUCUCAGAGGGACACGAGUCAAAGCGUCCAACGGGGACAAUUAUAUCAUCCUCUCCCCCAUCAACCCAGGAGGCCAGAUCCUGACACAAGUAUAUGGAGACAAUCCUAGCACUCUGGCUGGAUGGAUGUACUCACCAGGAAAUGCCAAUGCGCCCCAGCCCCAUGCCACACCCAGCCUGGCGAGCAGAACCAACUUCCUGCGCCGUUCAGGCAACAAAUCCAAAUCAACUGCCACGAGCUACCAGCCCAGCUCCAACUUCGCCAACUACCAGAACUGCACCAUUGUCAGAUCUCAUGCCAACUAUGGGGCCUACGUCAAAGUGGCACCCAAAGUUCUCAUAUUCCCCAUCUUCGUGCAGCCGCUGGACCUGUGCAGCCCAACCAGAAUGCUCCUGAUCACCGAGGAGAUGAUCCUGCAUGAGAGCAAACAUCUCUCCAUCAAGGUGACUAUAUUCAUCUAUACAGAUCUAAUGUUAGUGACAAGGGAGGAUGAACCGGGUCGCUGUAAUGUCCUGCAAAAUCCUCUCUUCCUAAAACAGCUCCGGCUAAAGGAGGAUCAUAGUGAUGAGCUUCGCUUCUACCUCAUCCACAUGACUGAGAAGUGUGACUGUCUCCUGAGUUUGGAGGCGUACUCAUUGGAGCAGAAGACGAGAGUGUGUCAGUGUCUGAGUGAUAACAUUGAAAAGCAGCUUCAGCUGGAGUGCAGAGAGACGUUCAGCCCCUCUGAGCAGAUGCUGGAGCCUAAACUGGAUGAACAGUGUGAUCUGGGUGCUCAGUGGCGCCCCUCGGAGGACGAGCACUCCCUCGGCAGCCCGUCCGACGCCCCAGGCACCACAGGCACUUCGGGCAGCACUCCACUGGACGAGACUCGGCACCUUGUACCUCCUACACCUCCCCCAUCCACCGAGGGCAGCCUGAGUGACAUCUGGAGGGUGGACAGAGGAGAGGAGGAAGAGGAGGAGAAAAAGACCCCUACAGAAGAAGAAGAAGAAGAAGAAGAAGAUGAAGGUUCACAUGGCACUGAAGCAUUUGAAGUCGAGGAGAAGAACGAGAAAGACGAGGAUUACGACACCAACCCUCCGGCCUCCUCUUCUUCCUCGUCCUUCAUCAUCCCCGAGUUACGCCUGGACCGCUCUUUCAGCGCCGACGCUCUGUCCUCGACCGCCACUGACGACGAAGAUGACGACGAGGAUGAAGAUGAGGACGAGGAUGAAGAUGAAGAAGACAGUGAUGAUAACUACUUGGAGCCCACUAAGAGGAGGAGCAUGGUGGAGGCGGGCUCAUGUGAGAAGCACGGAGGCUCCGGAGGUCUGAGCGUACAGAACUCUCUGCGCAGACGCACACACAGCGAGGGAAGCCUCCUGCAGGACCCACGGACCACCUGCUUCACUUCCGAUAACGCCAUCAACCGCCUGGAGGUGACCACCGCUAGCAAGGGAGGCUGGACGCUGCCCUCGCCCAAAACACUGAAGAAGGAGCUGACCAAAAAUGGAGGCUCCAUGCACCAACUCUGCAUGCUGUUCUCCGGCAGGAAGCUGAGCGCCGGAUCCGAGUGCAGCUGUGACGUCAGCCCUGACGGAACCAAGAAGAAGAAGUCCAAGAACCUGGCCAAAGACAUGAAGAACCGAUUGGCGUUCCUGAGGAGAAGGAAUGAAUCUCCUGGAAGCACCCCGGCCAGCAAGCUGGACAAAACUAUGAAGUCAGUCAAGCCCACGCCAGAGGAGGCACUCAAGUGGGGAGAAUCCCUCGACAAGCUGCUCGUCCAUAAAUAUGGGUUGGCGGCGUUCAGAGCGUUCCUGCGCACCGAGUUCAGCGAGGAGAAUCUGGAAUUCUGGCUGGCGUGCGAGGAUUACAAGAAGAUCAAGUCGCAGUCCAAGAUGGCCUCAAAGGCUAAGAAGAUCUUCGCCGAGUACAUCGCUAUUCAGUCUUGUAAAGAGGUGAACCUUGACUCAUAUACGCGAGAGCACACCAAGGAGAACCUUCAGAACGUCACGCGCUCCUGUUUCGACCUGGCCCAGCGGAGGAUAUACGGCUUGAUGGAGAAGGACUCGUAUCCGCGGUUCCUGCGCUCGGAACUCUACCUGGACUUAGUGAACCAAAAGAAAGCGAGCGCCACGUCUACAGCAUCCUCGUCGUAAGAGGAACCACAGCGCAGAGACGCUUGACAAAAAUCUAACUAGCAUUGUGGACACUUUUGUUCUCAUCCGCCAUCCUGUCCUACGACGAGGAGAGAAAUAAGAGAGGUGACGAUCAGGACGGAGAGACGCGAGAAAGGAAGAGGCAGUUGUCCGAUCCGGAGGCUGAGCAAAGAGACGUGUGGAGUGUCUGUAUAACGAGCUACAUCAUCUUUAUUUUUUACCAUUUUUUUAUUUAUGGGUUUGGAGAGAAGUCAGGGUGGGGGACGGGGAUUUACUCUUCGAUGCAAAGACAGUCGGGUACUGUUUUGUCGUUUCUUAUCAUUUCCGCGCUCUGUGCUCUCGGUACGACGCAGAUGCCACUUUUUUUGUUGCUCUCAUUCUCAAGCCGUCAUGGCCGGAUCGAUACAAAGUGCACACGGUUCCUUCCUUGCUUUCCUUCCCUCUGUGGUCAUGCACUUCUGUAACGAGGCGUCUCCUUUCGCGCCCCCCCGUCCUGAAAGACGUUUUGAGGAACGGACCAAAACACGGACUCUCAUGCUUCUGCACAUGGAACGCAACCAUCCGUCCGCAGGUCUGCAAAGGUCAAAAGCGUGACAGUUUCUGUAUAGCAAUUCAUUGUAGCUCCAUGUGGGGACUGGACGAGAGAAUUCUCAGGACUGCACGGCACUCGACUAUGAAGCUUUCAGGCUUGUUUGACCUUUAUUUCACAUCCUUUUUUUGUAUAUAUUAUUAUUUUUAUUAGGUUUAAACCUGCACUCCAUAGAUUCUUUUGUUAAUAAGAAAGAUAAUGCUUUACUUGUACAGAAAGUUUGCAUAUUUAUUUAGAUCCUUGCUGGAUGUCUUGUUCAGUUCAUUGCACUCAGCUAAACAAAAAAAGAGCACCCUCCCCCUUUCCCCCUCCCUUUACCCAUGAUCCUCAACUGUCCUUAUGUAAGUGCAAUAUGUUUUUAUUUUUGUUAGUUUGCUUAUCUUUUGGAUAAGUUUCACUUUGACGAUGGAUUUUUAUUUGUCGGAAAAAUUCGACCUGCUCGAAGACUGAGUUGCAGUUUUAAGAGAGUAUUUAGUUCAUAUUAAGUGAGUUAUUCUAACUGUCUACUCCCUGGCAGCAGGCAGCCGGGGGUUUAUGGAUGUAAAUAUCAUUCUUAAGAAAAGAAUAAAACGACGAAAAAAGACAAAAACACAAGGUCUCGUGGGAAAUCCCACGCAACACAGCUGUAUGUAUGUAAAUACUCAGAGCCUCAAAGCUAUAAAAUGACAUGUAAUGUUAUCAGAAAAAGGGGAAAGUCAUUGGGUGAAAUCCACCUUUUCCUUGGUCAUACACUGCUUGUAAGGGGUUUACGAAAUGUAUUUUAUCAUUUUCACUGUUUACAAUUCAAACGCAUCUCCUAAAAUAGCAAGCGAAAAAAGAAAAUAGAGAGAAUACAUUUGGUGUCAUUGUAAAAAAAUGAGAAGAUAUAAUAAAACAGAUGAAUGAUAAAACUGA